AUGGGUAAAAAGAAGGGAGGAAAGAGAAAGGACGAUUACUGGGAUGAAGCCUUUGAAGAAGAUGCUGUUACCACUGGUGCUGCUGAUGUUCCUAAAGAAACUGAAGAAGAAUUUGCUCAAAGAGCUUCAGCUUUUAAUGCUCUUGCCGACGCCAACGAAGAAGAAGAUGAUGGUUUGAUGGCCAUGGUCAACAAGGCCGCUAAGAACAAGGUCAAAAAAGGAAAGAAGGGCAAGAAGCAGCCUGUCGAAGAAGAAGAAGAAGAGGAACCUCAAGCAUCUGCUGUUGUCGAAGAACAAGCUCCUGUUGAAGAAGAAGAGGAAGACGAUUACGACUGGGCCAACGACAACAAAAAGAAAAACAACAAAAAAAGAAUGCAAAGACAGAUUCUCCUGCUGAACCUGCUGAACCUGCUGAGCCCAGUGAAGAUGCUGGUGAAUUCCGCUAAGGAAGCUAAGCGUUUAGCUGCUCUCGAAAAGAAGAAGCAACAAGAAGCCGAAGACGCUGCAUUAAAUGAAAUUCUUGGUGCUGAGAAUAAGACUGAAGAAAAGGCAGAAGGUGAAGCUCCUCAAAAGUCUAAGAAGCAAUUGCUCAGAGAAAAGAAGGCUAAGAAACAAGCUGCUAAAGAAACCGAGCCUGAAGCCGCUCCUGUUGUUGAGGAACCUACUCCUGCACCUGUUGCUGCUCCCAAGGGCAAGAAGGGUAAGGGUGGUAACGUUGCUGCUUUAAGAAAAUUAGUUGAAGCUCAACGUGCUGCUGAAGAAGCCGAACGUAAGCGUAUCGAAGAAGAACGUAGAAAGGCUGAAGAAGAAGAAAAAAGAAUUGCUGAAGAAGAAGCCAGAAAGGAAGCCGCUCGUGCUGCCAAGAAGGAAAGAGAAAGACUUAAAAAAGAACAACUUCGUAAGGAAGGUAAAUUACUUACCAAGGCUCAAAAGGAAGCCAAGCGUCAAGCUGAAUUGCGUCAUCAACAAUUACUUGCUUCUGGCAAUGUUCGUAUUCAAGCUUUUGAAGAUGGUGAUAACAAGCCCAAGAAGCCUGUUUACGGCAACAAAAAGAAGAAGCUUAGCAAGGAAGAGCAGGAAAAGAAGAAGCAAGAAGCUGAAAAGAAGCGUUUAGAAGAAGAAGAAAAGAAACGCAAGGAAGAAGAAGCCAAGAAGGCUGCUGAAGCUAAAGAAGAAUCUGAAGAAGAGGAUGAUUGGGAAAAGGCUGUAGAAAGCAGUGAGGAAGAAGAAAAGAAGCCUCAACAAAAUGAAGAAGAACUUAACAGUGAUUGGGACGCUUCUAGCGAUGAAGAAGAGAAGCCUGCUGUUAAAUCUGCACCUGCUGCUGAAAAGCCUACUGCUUCUACUAAGGCUCCUGCCAAGAUGCAAGAAUCAGAAUCCGAAGAAGAUUCUGAAGACGACGAUUCUGAAGAUUCCGAAGACGAUAGCUCCGACUAUGACUCUGAUUCUUCUGAGGAAGAACUCAGUGCCACUCAAAAACUUGCAUUGAAGAAGAAGGAAGAAGCCGCUGCUCGUCGUGAACAACGUCAAAAGGAAGCUUUGGCUAACCGUUCCAAGGACGAUUUGCGUUCACCCAUUUGUUGUAUUCUCGGUCACGUCGAUACAGGUAAAACCAAGUUGUUGGAUAAGAUUCGUCAAACCAAUGUGCAAGAAGGUGAAGCUGGUGGUAUUACCCAACAAAUUGGUGCCACCUUCUUCCCUGCUGAAGCCAUUGAGAAGAAGACAGCCGUCCUUGGUGAUGCUCGUGUUGAAAAGCUCAAGGUACCUGGUAUUUUGGUCAUUGAUACUCCUGGUCACGAAUCUUUCACCAACUUGAGAAGCAGAGGUAGUUCCCUCUGUAACAUUGCCAUUUUGGUGGUUGAUAUCAUGCACGGUCUUGAACAACAAACUAUUGAAUCCAUUCGUUUAUUGCGUGACCGUAAGACUCCUUUCAUUGUCGCCCUCAACAAGAUUGAUCGUUUGUUCGAAUGGAAGGCUAUUCCUAACAACUCCUUCCAAGACUCUCUUGCCAAGCAAAAGCCUUCUGUCAGACAAGAAUUCGAAAAGCGUGUUGCUGAUACCAUGCUUGCCUUUGCUGAACAAGGUCUUAACUCUCAACUUUACUACAAGAACAAGAACUUUGCCAAGUAUGUGUCUUUGGUGCCUACCUCUGCUCACACUGGUGAAGGUAUUCCUGAUAUGCUCAACUUGCUUAUUAAUUUGACACAAUCUCGUAUGAGUGAAAAACUCAUGUACAUUACUGAACUUGAAUGUACUGUUCUUGAAGUCAAGGUCAUUGAAGGUUUAGGUACUACUAUUGAUGUUGUUCUUGUAAAUGGUUGGUUGCAUGAAGGUGAUCGUAUUGUGGUCUGUGGUCUGAAUGGACCUAUUGUGACGCAAGUCAGAGCCUUGUUAACACCUCAACCUAUGCGUGAGUUGCGUAUUAAGUCUCAAUAUAUCCAUCACAAGUCUGUGAAGGCUGCUUUGGGUAUCAAAAUUGCUGCUCCUGACCUUGAAAAGGCAAUUGCUGGUUCGCGUCUUUUGGUAGUUGGUCCUGAUGAUGAUGAAGAAGACUUGAAGGAAGAAGUCAUGUCUGACUUGACCAACUUGAUGUCUUCUAUUGAUCGUACAGGCCAUGGUGUAUGGGUCCAAGCUUCUACUUUGGGUGCUCUUGAAGCCUUAUUAGAAUUCUUGAGAACCUCCAAGAUUCCUGUCUCUGGUAUCAAUAUCGGUCCUGUCCACAAGAAGGAUGUGGUGAAAGCAAGUGUGAUGUUGGACAAGGCGCGUGAAUUUGCUGUCAUGCUCUGUUUCGAUGUCAAGAUUGAUAAGGAAGCCGAAGAAUUGGCUGAAGAAUUAGGCAUGAAGGUCUUUACUGCAGAUAUUAUUUAUCACUUGUUUGAUCGAUUCCAAGAAUACCACGCUGCUAUUACUGAGCAAAAACGUAAGGAUCAAGCUUCUGCUGUUGUCUUCCCUUGUGUCUUGAAGAUGAUCCCCCGUGCUAUCUUUAACAAAAAGGACCCUAUUAUUAUUGGUGUGGAUGUGAUUGAAGGUACACUUCGUCUUGGUACACCCAUUUGUGUCGUCAAGACCAAUGCUGAAACUCAAGCCCGUGAAGUCAUCACACUUGGUAAGGUAACUUCUAUCGAACAAAACCACAAGACAGUAGAGUCGGUCAAGAAGGGUGGUGCUGGUGCUGGUGUUGCCAUCAAGAUUGAAUGUGCUUCUUAUGAAACACCAAAGACAUACGGUCGUCAUUUUGAAGAAUCUGACGAAUUGUAUGCCAGAGUCACUCGUGCUUCUAUUGAUAUUUUGAAGGAAUCUUUCCGUAAUGAUUUGUCAAAGGAAGAAUGGGGUCUCGUCGUUAAACUCAAGAAGGUUUUGGGUGUUGAAUAA